AUGAGCAUCAAGUCCCCACUCACACUCCAGAAGCUGGCGGAGAACAGCCUCCUGAGGAACAUGACUGUGGCAAUCUCUAAUCUGGACAAUAUACCCUCAGUUUUUUUCCCAUCACUGUUCAAAAAGGCCUGCAGAAAGAAAAAAUAUAGCAUUGUGAAGGCAAUGGUGCAGGUCUGGCCCUUCCCCUGCCUCCCACUGGGAGCCAUGAUCAAGAGAAAUGAUUCCUACAGGAGAAUCUUAGAGAUUAUCCUGUUUGAGCUUGAAAGAAUACUUUACCAGAAGGUUCCUCACAGGAGGUGCAGACUGAAGGUGCUGGAUCUACGGAGAAGGCCUUUGAGGAUGUGGGACAAGAGGUCUGCAUUCAAAGCUCCUGGCUGGAGUAAGAAGCAAGCAGCGGUGGGUCUUUCAGAAAUGGAGGUGAAGCCUCAGGUGAAGGUGGCUAUAGACCUGGUCCUGACGGAACGCCCAAUAAAGUCCUUGGAGUCCUUUGUGGUUGAGUGGGUGGCGCAGAGAGAAGGCCUGUGUCUGUGCUGUAAUAAGCUGGAGAUCUGGUCUCUGACUACUUACUACCACGAAGAUGUCUUAAGGAAAUUGGACCUGAACUCUGUUCAGGAACUGCAUUUGUAUAGUAAGAAUGAUCUUACCUGCCUGCUUAACUUCUCCCCUUACCUGGGUCGUAUGAGGUACCUGCGCAGUCUCCUGCUCUCCUGCCUUUGGCCAUGGGACUGUCGCACACCUGUGGAGAAGCAACAGGUUGUUACCCAGUUCACCUUGCAGUUUGUCAAACUGAAGCACCUCCAGGCCUUGCAUCUGGAUAAUUUCUUCCUGGUACAGGAUCACCUGGAGGAGCUCUUCUGGUGCCUAAAGACUCCCUUAGAGACCCUGUCGGUGACUAACUGUUUGAUCUCAAACUCAGACUGGGCCAACAUGUUUGAAUUCCCGUGCACAAGCCAGCUAAAACAUCUGAGUUUGAAAAGGGUCCAACUGACUCAUUUCAGCCCA